AUGCACCACGACUGUCAGUACCUCCCGUCCCCCGAAACCGACCCCGACCCACCACCCAUCGCCACCCCAAACUACAACAUCCCCAGCGACGCCACCACAACCACGACCGAAACCUACACCUCCACCGCCCACGGCCUCAUCCAGCGCCACCGCGUCCACCUCGCCCAGCUCGUCGCCCACCACUUUUCGCAAGGCAAUUUCCUCGACUGCCAGACGCUGUGCUACGAAGUCCUCGGCGCCCAGCCCUCGGAAGCCAUCGCCGCGCGCUGCCAUACGCUGUUGGCGCGGAAGGAGCUUCUGCCGGAUAGUGUGGAGGGCAGGGCGUGGCAUGCAAAGAAGGCGGUGCAGGCUUGGAGGACGGUGGUGGAGCGGACGGGGUUGUCGAGGUUUCCGGUCAAGGAGGCGAGGGUGGGGUACGGGGUUGCACAGGAGUUGAAGGUGGAAGCGGAUAUGGAGAUGGCGGAGAUGAAGGCGGCGAAGGUGAAGGGGGUUGGAGAGGGUGAGGAUGAGGAGUUGUGA